CAGAUUCAGCCACUCCAAUUCUUUCCCCCCUCCCUCCCUAAAUCUGCAACUUUUAGGAAAGUGAGGCCGGAGUGACCCAGACCCCGGUCCCCCCAGUAAAUAGUUCUUUUGCCCCUUUUGCUUUGCAGCAAAGAAGGAUGCCAGUGAUGCUGCUCUGGCUGGGAGUUUGGGUCUCCUUGGGGCUCCUGCCAGGGGCUGCUUCCUCCUCUUCCUCCUCUUCCUCUUCCUUUUCCUCUUCCUCUUCCUGGGAGCCCCUUGAGCCGGUCAGUGCGGAGAAGAGCUUGGCCUGGGGGCCGGGCCUUGAGGCAGAGCUCACCUUGCCCGCCAGGUAUUUCUACCUGCAGGCGGUCAGCAGCGACGGACGCAAUUGCACCCGCUCCCCGCCAGGACAAUUUAGUGUGUCAAUCAAACCACUUUCAGCCAGAGAAAGCAUCCAGAUCCAUGUCCCAAAGCUUUUGGACAGGAAUGAUGGCUCCUUUCUCAUGCGAUACCGACUGCACACAAGUGUCAAGGAAGGGUUGAAGGUAGAGAUUCUUUAUGGGGACGCACAUGUUGCUCAGUCUCCCUAUAUCCUGAAAGGUCCCAUUUACCAUGAAUAUUGUGAUUGUCCAGAAAAAGAUGCUGAAGUUUGGAAGAAAAGUCUUUCCUGUCCAUCUGAGGAAGCUCAAAUUACUGAGGACUUUGCUGCAUUUCCUAGCAUUGAUCUCCAGCAAAUGUUUAAGGAGGUCCCACCAAGGUUUGGCCAAAGGAUGGGAGCCAUUGUCCAUUAUGCAAUACUCAAUAAUCGCAUUUAUCGUCGAACCUUGGGGAAGUAUACCGACUUCAAAAUGUUUUCAGAUGAAAUGUUGCUGUCAUUAUCAAGGAAGGUUCGUCUCCCAGAUGUGGAAUUUUAUGUUAAUGUUGCUGAUUGGCCCAUUGAACAUCGGAAAGCAAAUGACACUCCGGGCCCUGUCCCUAUCCUUUCGUGGUGUGGGUCUGUGGAUUCAGCUGACAUUGUGCUUCCCACUUACGAUGUCACCCACUCGACCCUUGAAACUCUGCGUGGCGUCACAAAUGAUCUCCUGUCUGUUCAAGGAAACACAGGACCUGUCUGGGAGAACAAAACUGAACAAGGUUUUUUCAGAGGUCGAGACAGCCGAGAAGAACGGCUUCUGCUUGUGAAACUCUCCAAAGAAAACCCAGAACUGCUGGAUGCUGGAAUAACGGGUUACUUCUUCUUCAGAGAAAAGGAGAAAGAGCUGGGAAAAGUUCCACUGAUGGGAUUCUUUGAUUUCUUUAAGUACAAGUACCAAGUGAGUGUAGAUGGCACUGUUGCAGCCUAUAGAUUCCCAUACCUCUUAUUGGGAGACAGUGUUGUGCUCAAGCAGUCUUCGCCAUACUACGAGUACUUCUAUAAGGAGCUUUCGCCAUGGAGCCACUAUAUUCCCAUUAAAAGAAAUCUAGAAGACCUGCUGGAAAAAAUAAAGUGGGUUAAGGAAAAUGAUGAAGUGGUUAGAAAAAUAGCUAAAGAGGGACAAAUGACUACAAGAGAACUAUUACAACCUCAUCGGUUUUAUUGCUACUAUUUUAAAGUCUUCCAGGAAUAUGCUGAACGCCAAACUGGUAAACCUGAAAUACGAGAUGGAAUGGAAUUUGUUCCUCAACCCGAUGAUAAGACUUCAUUAUGCGACUGCCACAGGAAAAAGCUUUCCAAGGAUGAACUAUAAAUGUGACAAAAGGGAUCAAGGACGACAGUCUUUUAUAUGAGUGAUAAUCCAGGAAUUUCAGUAGUAUUUAAAGCUGAGAAAGCUGGCAGUGGGAAGAAAAUAAGUGCAAUGGAUACUUAGAAUAAGUUGAACAAAUAAGUGAAGCUGAACUCUCAGGUAAUUAUGUAGAAGAUUGCACCUAGGUGUAUUUCCUCACAGUUCCUAUGCAAAGUGCUAUAGUGCCUGGCAUGAAAAGCUUUCAGUCAGAUUGUGUUCUCCUGAACCUCACUUCCAUGUAUUGUUAAUGUAGCUGUGGGAGGUGGCAAGGAGACUUCACGUUUUAUCUUGAUCGUUUUCAAGAGUUCAGAGCUGUGCAUAUCUUCACAGGUAGAUCAGUAUUAUUUUUCACACCAAUGAUUCCAAAACUUGUGUCUCCAGCUGUGAUUGGAUUUCAAGUAUCAUUAUGGCAGACGGUUUAGAGACAAAUGAGAAUUUUAGUUCAACAGUAUCUAGGACAUUUUCAGUCUUGGAAACCUUUAGAAGAACCCUAACUCUGUCCCUGAUCUUCCCAUGGGACCUGUCUCUUAAGCACUGCAAACCUACAAAAUUCUUCCUUCUUUCAUCUCGUACUUCUGUUUCUUGGUGUUUUGUAUUAUGUAGUAGGUUUGGAAAUGAAGAGAUUCAAAUCUCAUUUUUAAAGCAGAGAUACAUUGAAUUUCAGUAAGAUCUUCAUACUCUGACAUUGACUUUUUAAAAAGGUUUUUUUUAAAAAUGCUUCAAAGAUUUUUUUGUGGAACCCUAGGGUUCCAUGGAGCACAGUUUGGGAAUUGCUGAUUAGGGAGUCAGGAUUGGGAAUUGUUAAUGUGUUUAUUAGAGAAUCAAACUAAAUCCACAGCUGAUUAUCAGGACCAGCUAAUCCAGUCAGCUUGCAGUUGAAAUGAGAUUCUAGUUGGGGCUUCUCAUCUUACACCAUUGUAACAAUCAGCAUUUUUUUAAAUCCUAAGAUUUGCACAUAGAAGUUAGGCUGUUUGUGUGUGUGUGUGUCAGGAGUGACUUGAGAAACUGCGAGUUGCUUCUGGUGUGAGAGAAUUGGCCGUCUGCAAGGACAUUGCCCAGGGGACGCCUGGAUGUUUUGAUGUCUUACCAUCCUUGUGGUAGGCUUCUCUCCUGUCCCUGCAUGGAGAGCUGGAGCUGACAGAGGGAGCUCAUCCGCGCUCUCCCCAGAUUCAAACCGGCAACCUUCAGGUCAGCAACCCAACCUUCAAGUCAGCAGUCCUGCCGGCACAAGGGUUUAACCCAUUGCGCCACCAGGGGCUCCAUUAGGCUGUUACUUCACAUUAGUUUAGUUGGUUGGAACACUUUUAAGAAUUUCUUAACACUUUGAAAAUUCUGAAAAAAGGAAAUCAUAUAAAAAAAACAAUUUUCCAUUUAAAGAUUAAGAUACCUGUGAUGCCUCAUGGGCCUUGUAGUCCCGUUCCUAGUACUAUUGUGGCAGACGAAGAGGAAAACAUGGGAUUUCCACCGGUUCAGCCAGAAUCGGAGCCCCUGCACCUGGAGGAUGUUUGCCCUCAAGAAGUCAGCCAAACAAGCCUUGGGCAGAAUUCUCCCCCGUUUUCCCGAAAAGACAAUUAUAAUAGAGAUAGGGGAGCUAGGGAGGCUAAUCGCCGGAGUCUCAGAAUCGCAGCCAAACAAUUAGCUGAUUAGGUCUGCUUCCCUUGGGAAAUUCUAAGGAGUCAUGCAUCUGGACGGAGUUGGGUUUCACUUCUCAUUCUCCAGGGAAAGGGUUCUUCUGGCGGGAAACGAGACCCUAUUUAGGUGUUUUGCCGCAAAGGAAAUCUUGCGGAGUCAACUCAUCAGCUUGAGGAGUGAGAUCGUGUGUGGACUUAGUAAUCCCAGUUCCUUGUUUCCCGGACCAAGUUCCAAGCCUGCCUUGUUUCACGUUUGACCGCGGACCUCGCCACGGACCUUGUUCUUGCUUCUUGUUUGCCUCGUAUCAAGUCUUGUUUAGCCAAGAAUCUAGUUUGUUUUCCAGCCUUGUUGUCAAGCUUCAAUGGACUAAAAGACCUUGUCAUCUCCCCACACUAUUGCUUGGCAAAGUGUGUGUUUCGGUUAAUGGAUUAUAACUUUGGACUCUAAUAUCACAUAUUGGACAUUAUUUUCCUGGACUAUAUUUGACCUUUCCUGAAAGGUCUACUUCUGAACUAUAUUCUUCACUUAUUUUAUUGACUUUAUAUAUUCCUUUAAUAAAGAUAUUAGAUAGAA